GAGGCCGUGGCGGAGGCAGCUCGUUGAAGAUUUCUGCUAUAUUCCAGUAUCAGUUGGAAGAUGGAUGAUGAUGACUUUGGAGGAUUUGAGGCAGCAGAGAGUUACGAAUUUGGAAAUGGUGAAAAGCAGACUACAUCCCCAGCUAUUGCUUGGGCAGCAUUUCCUACAGUAUCUGAAGUCCAUAUGUCUCCCGAUGUUCUUCUGGACCACUCUGUGCCUUCCUCCUGCCAGGUUCCGUCAGACUCAUUCAGUUUAUCAAGUGAUAAUGUGACAACAGCUAUUCAAACAGCCAACAAUGUUAUAAACCCAGCUGUUCUUGAAGAACAGACUCAUGCAGAUUUUCCAGUUGCUUCUUUGAAUGUAACUGAAGACAAGACAAGACAAGUUAUAUCAGCCAUUGCUUUGACUGAUGCUGAGACACAGAGUACAAAUGAACCAAAGAGCUCCCUUCAGCAAGCUAUUGCAAAUUUAGAAAUCAAGCUUUGCACUGCUGAAGAAGAAAAAUUGAAAAUUAAAAAGGAAUUAGAAUGUUUACUGGAAAAACAUAGUAUUCUAGAAAUGGAUUUCUUGAAGGCCAAAAAAGAAAAAGUAAUUUCAUAUCAAGAUCAUUACAAGACACUCCAGGAAAAACACAAGCAGGAGUUAGAAGACAUGAGAAAAGCUGGACAUGAAGCCUUGAGUAUUAUUGUUGAAGAAUUCAAGGCACUGCUACAAUCUACAGUUCAGCAGCAAGAAGCAGCUAUUGAAAAACAGUAUAUGCUAGCAAUUGAGAAACAUUCUCAUAAAUGUGAAGAACUUCUUAAUGCUCAGCAUCAGCGACUUCUUGACAUUUUGGAAGCAGAGAAGGCAGUGUUCUCACAAAAGAUAGAGGAAGCUUUGCUGCAGCAGUCACAAAAACACAAGGAAGUCCUUGACAAAUGUUUGGAUGAAGAAAGACAAAGAAGUAAGGAGGCUGUGGCAGCUGCUGCAAAGACUGAAAAAGAAGCUGUGCAGGAGGCUGUUCUGAAGGCAGUGGAGGAGGAGAGGAGAAAUAUGGAGAAGAUUCAUGUAGAAGAAAGGAAAAUGUGGGAAGCAGAACGUGACAGACAUAAAGAGAAGAUUGCCCAGGCUGUUUUGGAAGCCAUGCAAGAGCAAAGAAAGCAUAAUCAAGAAAUUGUCAAGGAAGCAUUAAUGGAGGAGCAAAAACGAAGUGAAAAAGCUAUUGAAGAAGCAGUGAAAAGGACAAGAGAGGAGCUGUUGGAAUAUAUUAAAGAGCAGAAGAGGCUUGAUGAAGUUAUCCGUCAGAGAAAUCUGCAUAGUUUGGAACUUUUCCUCUCCUGUGCGCAGAAACAGUUAAGUGUUUUAUUAAAGGAGGAGCCAACCACUACAGAGGAAUACUGAGACUGACGUCCUCGGUACUGCUAACACUGUACGUUGGGAAGCUGCAAAUCUCAAUCCAGCAAAUGAUGAAUAUAUUCUGAUCUUUUGGGAUUGUGUCAUUGAUUCAAGAUUGAUCUGAAACCAUGCCUGAUAAAAGUAUUUGUGAUUUCUGGGGUUCUAUUUAUUUACUGCUAUUAUCAGGUUGCAAUUAUGGGAGGGAAAACAUUUUUCUUUCAUUAUAUAUUUAGUAGCUCUGAGUAACUGCAGCAAUGAUGAAAACAUUUCCCUUUUAUGUCCGGUUUAAAUUUGACAUCAUAUGUUGAUAUAAUACAUGAGUAUUUUUGAUAUAUUUUUAAAAGGAGAAAAAAGUACAUUUAGCUGAAUAUAUACACAAAUUCCUCUCUGUUCCCAAAGUAUACAUCUGAGUGCAUUGCCUCAGAUGAGCCUGAGGAGCUGAUUAUUUCUUAAAAUUUUUCAUGUAAAACAGAAGAAUCAGUACUGAAACAUAGGAAUGAUGACAGGCAUUACUUAAGUAAUUUAUAAACAGCUCUGGCUCUAGUUAAAGUUUAAAAACUGAACAGUGCAUCUUUUUAAGAGUACUACAAUAUAUUGCCAUAACCAAUCCAUAGUAUGUAUUUUAUUUCUAUCUUACAAAGCUACUUUCCUUCCAAAAGUCAUUUUGUCAUGAAACUACAAUUAAUAUGACUGACCUCAGUUUCAGAAAGUAGAUGUAUGUAAUUAUGUGGAGACUGAUACUACAUUGCCUCAGUGGAAUUUCUGACAGAAUAAGGAAUGCAGUUUGCUGACCUCAGAUACCCUUUCUAAAACCAUUGAAGGAAGCAAAAAACCUCCCAACUAAUAUUACUGGACUUUAGAUCAAGUUAUAGGUCUUUCUAGUCUUGCUAACUCCAGCAUGGAUGGGAAUUUCUGUGCCUAUACUCUAUUGAUUGUAGAUUUGGGGCCAUAGUUGUAAAAGAGUUCUGAAUGAAAUAAGGGAAAAUAAAUGUUAAUGCUUAAGAAUGUAAAUAA